UUGGCAAGCCGCGAGCAGGAGCCUCUACCGAGAUGUUCAAGUCGCGCAAGCACCUCGAGCACCUCCCGCACGAGCCCAUGCGCACCGUGCGCAUCGUCCUCGAAGAGGCCAAGAACCUGCCCGUCGGCGACCUCGCCAUGUUUGGCGGGUCCAGCGACCCGUACGUCGUGCUCUCGAUCGGCGCCCACCGCUGGCAGAGCCCUGUGUGCAUGAAGACGCUCAACCCGCAGUGGAGCAACCUCGAGUGCGAGAUUGCGCUCACGCUCUCUGAGGUCGCAGCCGAGCCCGUCUUACGUGUUGAGGUCUGGGACUUUGACUCGGUCACGCCCGACGACCUCCUCGGCACGACCGAAAUCAGCUUGGCCGAUCCUGCAAACCUCGGGCCACGCGUGUAUGAACUCACGCCCGCACUCGAGUUUGCCAAGUCUGCGCCGGGAUUGAUUGCGCUCGACAUUUCGAUCGGCGCGCCGUCGACGACGUACACGGUCAACGUCUGGGAGAACGAGCGCUGGUCGCGGACGCACCGCGAGUGGUCGAAAGACCACUUGACCGAGAGCGACCGGCCCGCGUGGUUUGCAGGCGGCGAGAAGGGCGGCAAGGACUUCAAGGCCGCGGUCCCCGAAGUCCCUGUGGGCUACAAGACCAAGGGCGCGUGGACGUUCUACCCGAUGGCGGGCACAGACGAAGGCUGGCUGUACGGCCACGGUUUCUCGGGGCCGUGGCACCAAGAGAAGGCGGUGCACCACACAGUGCGGACACGGCAAUGGAUCAACGAAUACCACGAGCACUUUGUCGGCGACGACGAAUGCAACAACCACGCCAACCAUUAACUGAAUCGUGUCAGUUCCACUUG